AUGGCUGCAGAUAACCGUGCGGAUGCCGACAUUGCAGGCUUGACUGAGUCUAUGGGCCGUGCUGGUAUCAAUGGUAUGGACGACUCCCGUCUUGGACCUGACGGCGAAGCUGCACCCAGGACCGAGGAGGAGUACGCCCAAUCACAAAUGACUCUUCGUGCUAUAGUCUCCUCGAAGGAGGCAGGUGUGAUCAUAGGCAAGGCAGGCAAAAACGUCGCGGACUUGAGGGAAGAGACGGGGGUCAAGGCUGGAGUGAGCAAGGUCGUACAAGGCGUUCAUGACCGUGUCUUGACGGUCACCGGAGGAUUAGAGCAGAUCGCAAAAGCGUAUUCAAUUGUUUGCAAAGCUCUUUUGGAAGGUGCCCCGCAAAUGGGUAUGGGAGGUGUUAUAUCCACAAAUGGAACACAUCCCAUCCGUCUGCUGAUCUCGCACAAUCAAAUGGGCACAAUCAUCGGCCGCCAAGGUCUCAAGAUCAAGCAUAUUCAGGACGUCUCGGGCGUCCGCAUGGUCGCUCAAAAGGAGAUGCUACCACAAUCGACUGAACGCAUUGUGGAAGUACAGGGAACUCCUGAAGGUAUUCAGAAGGCAGUGUGGGAAAUAGGUAAAUGUUUGGUGGACGAUUGGCAACGUGGCACUGGCACGGUGCUCUACAACCCCGCGGUACGGGCUGAGGCUGGCCGAGGCGGUCCACUUGCAGGACCUCUGGCUGGCGCACCACCUCCAUAUUCUGGACCUCGCUCGUAUAACAGGACUGGAAAUGGUGCUGAUUUCAGUGACAAUUCAUAUCGUCGUUCGAACUCCGAUGCUGGACCCCGUGGGCCCCCAACUACGACAGAAGAAGGCGAAGAAAUUCAGACCCAAAAUAUCAGUAUCCCAUCAGAUAUGAUUAGCGAGAUCCGAAAAACCUCAGGUGCAAGAAUUUCGAUUGCGAAAGCCCCACAUGACGAGAGCGGUGAGCGAAUGUUCACCAUCAUGGGAAGCGCCGGUGCGAACGAAAAGGCUCUCUACCUCCUCUACGAGAAUCUCGAAGCUGAAAAAAUGCGGCGAAGCACACAACCCCAGCAAGACUGA